AACGUAGUAAAACAGUGUCUCGUCAAAGCGCCCUGCCCUCUCUUUUUCCCAUCAUCUCAUACGGGUGUCGUGGCUUUGACUCCCCCUUCGGCCCUGCGCGCUUUCUCAGGGACGCGAUAAGCUACUGCUGCGAAUCAGAUCAUUCCCGACCGCUUUUGAUCGUGCGGUUGGAUAUAUUAAUUGUUACCGGCGUAACAUUGCUAUUAACUAUGACUCGUGCUGCUGUGCUCGUUCCCAGGCAACCCCCUCACUCGCUCAGUUUCAUUUCUUCUGUUAGAGCCGGUGAACAUUAUUGACUAUGGAAAGCUGAGCCUCGUUCAUUCAUACACCGAAAACAGUAACUCGAAGGUCAUUCAGAGCAACGAAAGGAUUUUAUUUGCACCACAUUCGUGGUUCUCGACAAGGUCUAGGCCAUGGGUGGAACCAAGAGUAAACCCAAAGAGCUCGGCCAGCGCUCCCGGAGUCUAGACGACGGCACUGGAGGUCACCAUCACAGUCCCAAGCAGUCGUCCUUCACACCCAACCGGAGUCCACCAGUGGACGGUACCAGACGCGGCACCCAGCCCAACAUCAUCAACGCGCAGCAGGCGCUGUUUGGAGGAGUGAACUCGAACAACAGCAUCACGUCUCCUCACAGGGUCGGCACGCUUUCCGGCGGUGUGACCACGUUUGUGGCUUUGUAUGACUACGAGUCACGAACCGCCUCCGAUUUGUCAUUCAGGAAAGGAGAACGACUCCAGAUUGUCAAUAACACGAGAAAGUUGAACCCCAGGGAGGGCGACUGGUGGCUGGCUCGCUCGCUGACGACAGGAGAGAGUGGAUACAUUCCCAGCAAAUACGUGGCACCGUCUGAUUCCAUCCAGGCUGAAGAAUGGUACUUUGGAAAGAUCACACGCAGGGACUCCGAGCGCCUCCUCUUGAGUCUGGAAAACAGGAGAGGAACUUUCCUGGUCAGAGAGAGUGAGACAACCAAAGGUGCCUACUGUCUUUCUGUCCUGGAUUACGACAACGUCAAGGGCCUAAAUGUCAAACAUUACAAGAUCAGGAAGCUGGACAGCGGGGGAUUUUACAUCACGUCGCGCACACAGUUCAGUACUUUACAGCAGCUGGUCAACCACUACCGCCAGCACGCAGACGGCCUGUGUCACUGUCUGACUGACGUGUGUCCAGUGCUGAAGCCUCAGACUCAAGGCCUGGCACGGGAUGCCUGGGAGAUCCCACGGGACUCUCUGAGACUGGACGUCAAGCUGGGCCAGGGCUGCUUCGGAGAGGUCUGGAUGGGCACUUGGAACGGCACGACACGCGUGGCCAUCAAGACUCUGAAGCCUGGCACUAUGUCUCCUGAGGCCUUCCUGCAGGAAGCACAGGUGAUGAAGAAACUCCGGCACGAGAAGCUGGUGCAGCUUUACGCUGUCGUCUCAGAGGAGCCCAUUUACAUCGUCACUGAGUACAUGGGACAAGGAAGUCUGUUGGAUUUCCUGAAGGGUGACAUGGGGAAAAUGCUGCGGUUGCCUCAGCUUGUGGAUAUGGCCUCUCAGAUCGCCUCUGGAAUGGCGUACGUGGAAAGAAUGAACUAUGUGCACAGGGACCUCAGGGCUGCCAACAUCCUGGUGGGUGAUAACCUGGUGUGUAAAGUGGCUGACUUUGGCCUCGCUCGACUCAUAGAGGACAACGAAUACACGGCCAGACAGGGAGCCAAGUUUCCCAUCAAGUGGACCGCGCCAGAGGCGGCGCUUUACGGCCGCUUCACCAUCAAAUCUGACGUGUGGUCGUUUGGAUUAAUCGCGAUUAAUCGUUUGACAGCAUUAAUGUCUGUCCUCCGCACAGGUAUGGUGAACCGGGAGGUGCUGGACCAGGUGGAGCGUGGCUACAGGAUGCCCUGUCCCGCCGAGUGCCCAGAAUCCCUGCACGAGCUGAUGCUGACCUGCUGGCGCAAGGAGCCCGAAGAGCGGCCCACCUUCGAAUACCUCCAGAGCUUCCUGGAAGACUACUUCACCUCUACUGAACCACAGUACCAACCGGGCGAGAACCUCUAGAGAUGCCGAUCUAGUCAAGUGUGAGAAAGAGAAAGAGAGAUCCUUUUCCUGACCAGAAAACAAACACCGGAAGUUUGUGGCAUAACCCAAACAAUACUGAUCCACAUAGAAUGAUAUCCAAUUCAGCCCGUUUUAAGCAACUUGCUGGGUUUUCAAAUGGUCUCAGUGUUACAGCAUCGCCCUCUGUUAUUGUAAUCGCAUGUUUUUCCACUUUCAUCGCAGGUGAGCUUCAAACAGCAAGACAAGAUGCAUCUUUUCUGCAUCAUUCGCAAAGAAAUCCACUAACAAAUUGCUUCUUCGGCCGUGCAGCUUGCAGUUUCUGCUGAUAAUUGCUGCGAGGCUUUAUUUCCGAAGCUCUGCAGAUUGAUCGCAAGCUGUUUUUCUUGACCUCGAUGUACCACCACUUCUCUCCUAAACCCUUUUAGCGGAUGCUCCAGAUCUGUCAUUCAUCCUCCUCCCACAAUCCCUCACUUCUAUCCUCUCCCAUCCCCCUUCAAACCCCCAAAGCAUCAAGCUCCGUCAGCUCCGGUGUUUGUCAUGAACCCUGCGACCCGUUCACAAGCUCAGAUGGAUGAGAUUUGAUCGGCAACAUCAGAUGUCAGCAACACUGUGCAUGUUGGGAGACAUCUGUGAUUGCAGCUCUCUCGUGACGAAUGGACGUUCCCGUUAAUGUCUUCCAAUAGAUAUCCAGGGUCUGUAUCUGAACGUGGUAUUUUAUGCCUUUUAAUAGUAGAAAUGAGCUUUUUGUCCCACUAUGUUUCUUUUGUAUGAACCUGGAUCAACUGGAAUAAGAAUGUGAUUGGUUGAGCACUGGUCACAUGAUUGGAAACGUUCGGACUGAAAUGAUGGAAACAAAACAUUCUUCCUUUUGAUAUGGACUCAAUUAGAGAAUCGUUCAGAAUGUGGUUUCAUUUGAUACAUUUAUUCUACUCUUCUAAUAUUCAAAACAACUACUGAUAUAUAGCAUUGUUUUUUGUUUAAAGCAGAUGUGACUGUAUAGUCCUACUUUGUGUGCCAAUACAAAGGAAAAAAAUGAAUUUUGUACCGUUUUAUUAUGUAUAAAAUGUAUUUUUAUUAAUGUUGUUUUUUUGUAUCAAAGAGGAUAAGCAGGCUUUGUAACUAGAAUUUAAAGGAAUAGUUCACUGAAACAUUUUCUAACCCUCAUGUUGUGUAAAACACAAACGGAGACGUUUAGCUGAAUGUUCAUGCUGCUCUUUUCCAUAUACAAUACUUUUACAUUUAUUGCAUGAGAAAAGCGUCCUCUAAAUGUCUCUUUUUGUAUCCCAUGGCAAAAAUAACAGCAUAAAUGUUUGGAACGGCAUGAGGGUGAGUGA